CUUGAGCUGUGCCGGGAUGCCGCCCGCUGGCCGUGCGAAACCCCCGAGCAAGGGACCGAGUCUUGGUAAACGUCAUGAACCUCUGCUUUCACUCCGGCUACACGGAAUUAGGCCUCUAGCUGCGCAUCAAGUCCUAAGCUCCCGCAGCCGACGCAGGUCCACGACAGAAUACUAAAGAAGCUGCUUGCGCCCGUUGCUUUUCGGUCCCUCACGCAACAACUGCAUCGCAACAGCGCGACCCAUCCACAACAAGGCCUACUACAACACCAGCCAAGACACCAAACAUGUUCACCAAGACCAUUCUCAGCGCGACUGCGCUACUUGCGGGUGUUGCGACGGCGGGAUCCGCGCCUGGCUUUCCCAUCGACGUCACUCAGAACCUGACCGUGACGUACGGCAACAAUACCGUGUCGCCCGGUGGAGAGCGCAUCUCUCGUCCCGAAACCGCAGAACGCCCAACCGUCUCAUCGCCAGUAUGGUUCGCCGACGAGCGAGGCCCCGGCCAAUGCGUCCUUCUCAUGGUUGACCUCGACGUGCCCCGUAACAACUCACGCGUCCAACUAGUCCACUGGAUCGCCACAAACGUCACACGCUCAGUUCCCAUCUCCGCCAACACAACCGGCUCACCGCUCGAGAUCCCGUCGGACAACCCUGUCCCGUACCUCCAGCCCUCACCUCCAGUGGGCGACAUCCCCCACAGCUACACAUUCAUCCUCAUGGCACAACCGCGCAACUUCAGCAUACCCUCCAUGUACGCGGACUUGGCGGAUAACAGAGUAGGCUUCAACGUCAGCCAGUUUGCGGCAGACGCGAACCUGACAAAUGCCCUUGCGGCGACCUGGAUCACCGUGCAGAACCUUACUGGCGUAGCGACCAACACAAGCUUCCCGCCCCCAAGGCCAAGCCCCACGGGAGACGGUGAAGGCUCGAGCGGCCCUUCUUCGGGUGAUGCCAGUGGCGCCAUGAUUGGAGGUAGGACAUUCUGGACGGCGGUUAGUACUGCGGCUAUGGCUGUGGGGUUUGCCAUUGCUUUGUAGAGAAAACGUUUAGGAUUAGGAGAGGGACAAAAUCAGAGCACGUUGAGAAAACGAUAACAAGAGGUGGUUGAUACGUGAAGAUAAUACGAGGUAACGAUAGAUGAAUACAUAUGGAUUGCAUUCGCACACCAGAGUACAAGAAGCGCAUGGGAGAAAACUG